AAUCUCUAUCCGUUCUUAUCCUCACUCACCCUCUAUAUAAACAGUCUCUCCUCUCAUACGCAGAGCAAGUGAAGAAGUGUUGUAAUCUGUCUGAUUUCAUAUUCCAAACACAGUUUUAAGAGCCAACAAAAAGGAUGCAGACGGUAGCAGUGGACGAAACCAAAAACACAGUUGUGCUACGUGCCGUGCACAAGGACGAGGAAGGUCGCAAAGUCGCCGACAAGAUCGAGUUAAAGACACGAAACCCGGAGACGAUCAAGCAAGUCGAGAAGAAGCUAAUGGAGAAAGGCGUGCAACGUAUGGAGAGGCACCCAGCCGACGGGAUACCUCUCAAGCACCAGCCGAAGUCCGGUCGCGGUGGGAAGUACACGUGGGAGGGGCCUGAUUCGGUGGAGGAUUACGAGAUGCAGCCUGAUCCUCCGGCGAUGGACGAAGGUGAUCCGAACUACGACGAGGAGAAGACGGAGAAGGAUAGUGGUGGUGGUGGUGAUGACGUGGCGGUGGAGCUUGUGAAAGGAGAGGUUGAGGUGGCGAAGGAAGCGCCGACAGGUGUGGCUAGGGUCGAGGUUGAUCCUCGCUUGAUCAGCUCUGGUUGAGUUUAGGAAGAGAAGUGUUGGGGCAAAUGUGAGAAAGAAUGUGAACUUUGGGGGUUUCGAUUUCUAAUUUCGAGUUGUGAUGUUUUAAUGUAUUUGCGACGUGGAACCUUAUUUGUAUAAAAAAAAAAAUAUCCUCACAUGGUUACUUUUUCUCAAGUUCUCAUCGAUCACCGUAACAGUCCCUUAUUUAUUUAGUUUUGUUUCUUUCGA